CGGCAGGGGGGAGCAGGCCCGGGCGCGAUGUGCCGGGACCGGGCACCGGCGCUGCGGCCGCCGCCGCCGCUGGGAGAGCAAGCUUCCCAUGACUAACAGAUGCUGGCCUAGAUUAUGAGCUCAAACAAGAACGCUCGCUACAAUCGAUUCUCCAGUGGCACAACAAACAUCGCUUCUUCUGAGAACACUAACGGGACAAGAAUGGAAACAACUUUUGGACCAGCCUUCUCUGCUGUGACCACCAUCACAAAGGCUGACGGGACCAACACUUUCAAGCAGCACCGUCGGACCCCGUCCUCCUCCAGCACCCUCACCUACUCCCCACGGGACGAGGAUGAUGGCAUGCCUCCCAUCAGCACCCCGCGCCGCUCCGACUCCGCGAUCUCCGUCCGCUCCCUGCACUCCGAGUCCAACAUGUCCUUGCGCUCCACGUUCUCACUCCAUGAGGAAGAGGAGGAGCCAGAGCCCCUGGUGUUUGCAGAGCAGCCGUCCGUGAAGCUGUGCUGCCAGCUGUGCUGCAGUGUGUUUAAGGAUCCCGUCAUCACAACCUGUGGGCACACGUUUUGCAGGAGAUGUGCCUUAACAUCUGAGAAGUGCCCCGUGGACAACGCCAAGCUGACGGUGGUGGUGAACAACAUCGCGGUGGCCGAGCAGAUCGGGGAGCUGUUCAUCCACUGCAAGUACGGCUGCCGGCCCGCCGCCAGCAGCAAGCCCACCGCCUUCGAGGUGGACCCCCGGGGCUGCCCCUUCACCAUCAAGCUGAGUGCCAGGAAGGAUCAUGAGAGCAGCUGUGAUUACAGGCCCGUGCGCUGCCCCAACAACCCCAGCUGCCCUCCCCUCCUCAAAAUGAACCUGGAGGCUCACCUGAAGGAGUGUGAGCACAUCAAGUGUCCCCACUCCAAAUACGGGUGCACGUUCAUAGGGAACCAGGACACCUAUGAGACCCACCUGGAGACGUGCAAGUUCGAGGGGCUGAAGGAGUUCCUGCAGCAGACGGACGAUCGCUUCCACGAGAUGCAGGUGGCCAUGGCCCAGAAGGACCAGGAGAUCGCCUUCCUGCGCUCCAUGCUGGGCAAACUCUCUGAGAAAAUCGACCAGCUGGAGAAGAACCUGGAGCUGAAGUUUGACGUGCUGGAUGAGAACCAGAGCAAGCUGAGCGAGGACCUGAUGGAAUUCCGCAGGGACGCCUCCAUGCUGAACGAUGAGCUCUCCCACAUCAACGCUCGGCUCAACAUGGGCAUCCUUGGAUCCUAUGAUCCUCAGCAGAUCUUCAAGUGCAAGGGGACCUUUGUGGGCCACCAGGGCCCCGUGUGGUGUCUGUGUGUGUACUCCAUAGGAGACUUGCUCUUCAGUGGCUCCUCAGACAAAACCAUUAAGGUGUGGGAUACCUGUACCACAUACAAGUGCCAAAAGACCCUGGAGGGUCAUGAUGGAAUUGUGCUGGCUCUCUGCAUCCAGGGGAACAAGCUGUACAGUGGCUCUGCUGACUGCACCAUCAUUGUCUGGGAUAUUCAAAACCUGCAGAAGGUGAACACCAUCCGAGCACACGACAAUCCUGUUUGCACUUUGGUCUCUUCUCACAACAUGCUCUUCAGUGGCUCCCUCAAAGCCAUCAAGGUGUGGGAUAUUGUGGGUACUGAGCUCAAGCUGAAGAAGGAGCUGACAGGUCUCAACCACUGGGUUCGAGCGCUGGUGGCUUCCCAGAACUAUCUCUACAGUGGAUCUUACCAGACCAUCAAGAUCUGGGACAUCAGGAACCUGGAGUGUGUGCACGUGCUGCAGACAUCGGGAGGCAGCGUGUACUCCAUCGCCGUGACCAACCACCACAUCGUGUGUGGCACCUACGAGAACCUCAUCCACGUGUGGGAUAUCGAGACCAAGGAGCAGGUGCGCACACUGACCGGGCACGUGGGGACAGUGUACGCGCUGGCCGUCAUCUCCACGCCCGAUCAAACCAAAGUGUUCAGCGCGUCCUACGACCGCUCGCUCCGGGUGUGGAGCAUGGACAACAUGAUCUGCACUCAGACCCUGCUGCGCCACCAGGGCAGCGUCACCGCCCUGGCCGUGUCCCGCGGCCGCCUCUUCUCCGGCGCCGUGGACAGCACUGUAAAGGUCUGGACGUGCUAACGAGAGCGUCACACGAGUCCUGCACACUGAAAGACCAAAAACUCUCCCCUCCAUCGGCCUGUGGGUGACCCCACCACUGAAACAACUGCUGCAGCUCCUCCUGCACCGACCACUGCCUGCUGCUGCUGCCCCUGGGCCGGCUCCCCCGGGCCUGGCUGGCAGCUCUGGACAGCUCUGCCCCACGGACACUCCAGACCUGCCCCAGAUGUUUGGAACAGAGGAAGCUGUGCCAGUGCCAGUGCCCUCCUCUGCCUGUGCCCCCCAGCUGGGGACACCCCCAGGCUGGGGCAGGGGUGAUACUGGGCCUUGGGGACAGCAGUUGGACCCCCCUGUCCGUGGCAGGACUGAGCUUUAGGCUGUACCCUGGGUGGGCACCUGACCCUUUUCUGUCUCUAGUAUUUAAUUUUACUGCCAAGGCGCUGGGCCGAUCCAUCUGGGAAGAGGUGUUUCCUUGAGUAGCCAGGUACGAUUUUUAUGCCACAGCUAGUUCUCAAAUCAAGUUCCACAAACCCAUUGUUCACCACCCUGUAAUAAUGGUCUCCACAUUAAAGACAAAAAGCCUCCGUUGCAUUUUUACUCACAUUUUCUACUGUUUUUAAGAUUGUAAUAUAGAUUUGAUUAUUUCUUCAUUGACAAUAAAAGCAGAAAGAGUU